AUGACCUCUGUCCAAGAUUCGCUAAUAUUCCGCAACAUCCUAUCUCACCCUCCCACGGCCGCGAUAUGGUCUGACCGCAAUCGAACUCAAUACUACCUAGAUUUCGAGGCAGGACUCGCCAGAGCUCAAGCACGCUUAUCGAUCAUUCCUAGCGAGGCUGCGGAAGCUGUCGUUGCAUCUUGUUCGAACGUCGAUGACUUAAUCGAUUGGGAAUUACUUGAGGUGCAAACCCAGAACAUAGGAUAUCCUGUUCUUGGAGUCGUGAAGCAACUAGUAGCGAGGGUCAAUGCUGGUAGUCCUGAAGGACAGAAAUGGGGCGAAUGGUCGCAUUGGGGGGCGACUACACAAGACCUGACGGAUACUGCGAGCAUUUUGCAAAUUCGAGAUACGCUCAAUAUCAUCGAAGACUUUCUUGACAGGAUAAUUGCGGCACUGAGGGGUUUGUCGAUAAAGUAUAAGACGACACCCAUGCCUGCACGGUCAAACCUCCAGCAAGCCGUUCCCAUCAGUGCUGGCUUCAAAUUUGCGAGAUUGCUUGCUACCUUCCUACGACAUAAGGAGCGACUCUUCGAAGGCAGGAAGCGUGUGCUAGUGUUGCAAUUUAGUGGCGCUGCAGGCACCCUGGCGACACUAUCACCAGACGGCAGUGAUGAUAUUGGACUGAAAUGUCAAGAAGAGCUUGCGAAAGAGCUUGGACUUAGUGUUCCAGAUAUAGCCUGGCAUACAGAACGCGAUCGCAUCGCCGAGUUUGGUCAUCUAUGCUCUUUACUCACCGGGACCUGUGCAAAAUUUGCGUUAGACUUGAAGUUGGAGAUGCAAAUGGAGGUCAACGAAAUGCGAGAGCCAUACGCGCCGCACCGAGGCAGUAGCAGCACAAUGCCACAGAAGAGAAAUCCGAUCUUCUCUGUCUACGUUACAGCAGAAGCAGCCACUGUCCGCCAACUGAGCGCAGCGUUGAGCGAGAGUAUGGUCAGCGAUCAUGAGCGGGCUACUGGACCUUGGGAAAUCGAGUGGAUCGUUCUACCGCAGAUUAGCACAUUGACCAGUUCCUGCUUGAGACACACGCUCGAGAAUCUCGAAGGUCUUGAGAUCGACGAGGCCAACAUGUUGAAAAACUUGAAUCUGAGCAAUGGAACAAUAGUAUCAGAAGCAGUCAUGAUGGGGCUUGGACCGAAAAUAGGAAGACAAAGAGCCCAUGAUGUUGUGUAUGACUUGUGUCGAGAGGCGGUUCUUUCUGAGAAGUCGUUAUUGGACCUGCUCGAUGCAAGCCAAAAGAUUGAUCUACCACGGUCAGAGCUUGCGAAAAUGUGUGAUCCCAAGAACUAUCUUGGUCUGUCAGAGAGGAUGACAGAUAGGGUAUUAGCCAUGUGUAAUGAGGCACAAUCCCAGUCAUGA